UAGAUACCGGAAACGCGGGUUUUUUAAACUUGCCAUGGAGAAAUCCAAACUGCAGUUCGUUAGCCUUGAGUUGAGUUUGAUAGUAUGAGUGAAACAUCCAAACAGAAACAAAUACCAACAACUAAUCAUGAAAAGUUAAUUGAAUCUCAUUUAAUAAAAACAGCUCAAAUAUUAGAAGAUACAUUAGAUGAACAAAUUAAUCGUUUGGAUAAUUUAAAUGAUGAUGAUUUAGAAGCUAUUCGUAAACUUCGAAUUAAGCAAAUGAAAGAAGAAUCAAAACAACAUUCUGAAUGGUUAGCUUUAGGACAUGGUGUUUAUUCUGAAUUAUCAAGUGAAAAAGAUUUUUUUACUACUUGUAAAACAUCAUCAUUUGGUCUUGUUUGUCAUUUUUAUCGUGAUUCAACAUUUCGAUGUAAAAUUUUAGAUAAACAUUUAAGUUUAUUAGCUUCAAAACAUAUUGAAUGUAGAAUGGUAAAGAUAAAUGCAGAGAAAGCACCAUUUUUAACAAAACGAUUAAAUAUUCAAGUGAUACCAACUUUAAUUCUUGUUAAAAAUGAAAAAGUAUGCGAUCGUAUUAUUGGAUUUGAUGAACUUGGUGGUCAUGAUGAAUUCUCUACUGCUAUGCUUGAAUGGCGUUUGGCUAUUGGUAAAGUGAUUAAAUAUUCUGGUGAUUUAACAGUUCCACCAGAUAUGAAUAAGAAGAAAAAGUCUACAUGUAGUAAUUUAUCAAGUAUUACUACAAAACUAUAUGACAAUAAAUCUAUGUAUAAUAAGUGUUUUGACGAUAACAAUGGUGAUGAUGAUGAUGAUGAUAACCAAGAUAGUGAUUAAUUAGUUGUUGUUAUGCUAGUUGUAACUUCCUCUCUAUCUAUAUAACAAUUCAGUUUUACGUGGCAAUUGCUUUUUUUUAAUUUUGUAACCAUUAUCUCUAUACGCACAUGUAAACAUAUAGAAAUACAAAUUACAAAUCAUAUUUUACUUUGAAAUAAUAUGUCUUUGAGUUUUUAACUUCUCCAAUGUCAGGAAGAAAAAUAAAUAGGAAUACAACGGGUAAAGGUUGAUUAUCACUUUAUAUAUAUAUAUAUCAGAAAGGGUUUUGUGGAGAUUUAAGAAAUUUCAAUAGUUGAGUCAAUUGAAGCUAGACCACCAGUGCUUCCAGGUUUUUCAUGUUCGUGUAGCUUCAGUUGACUCAUGAUCUCAACUAUUAAAAUAUAUCUAUUUGUAAAUAUUGUGUUUACAUCUUUCUUGUUUAAUUUUUAUGUAUUUAAUAUUGUGUUGUAUAUUUCGUAUAGUAAUAUAUCUACUUGAUUUUUGUUCUUUUCUUCUUAAUCGAUAUGACAUAGAUAUUGUAUUCGUUAUAAUUCAUCAUAUAGUAUUAUAUGUAUUGUUGUAAACAAAGUUCCUUACUUGUAUAAUGAAAGUAUAUUCCAUUUCAA